CGAAUAACCAGCAGGUGGGCAGAUGUCUUUUCUCGUUCCUGCGGACGCGUAGGAAGGUUCAGUGCGCCAGAGGGAGCAGCCGGGGUCCCAUCUCUCGGCGGCUCCCGGGCGGCGCUAGCUGGGAAGAGGGACACGCCCGAAAAUGAAAGGCUAUUAACCGGGAAGCCCUGCCUGGGCAUUCACCUGGGGCAGGGAGUCUGGCAGCCUCUUGCCACUGCGCCCUCCAACCAGAGCCGACCGCUCUGUGAGCCCCGGGCUGCGGCCUCAGGACGCAGAAGUUGGAGGUGCCAGGGGAGACCAGCAGCAGCAUUUGGUUUGGCUGCGCUGUGCAGAUUCCGGUCGGUACACUUUCCAGAAGCCCGAUCUCUGCAAGACUGCGCCGAGGAUCGCCGCGCCCGGCUUCCAGGUUGCGCCAACAGCGCCGCACGAGGCCGUGGGGUCCUGGGAAGCCCGAGCAGCCCGGGUGAGGGAAGCCGGAGACGGGUGGAGUGACAGCCGGAGACCCCGCGGGGACAGGGGCGGCCGCCGCGAGGCUCUUCCCCACGCGAGCGCCCCGGGCCCCCGGGCCGGCCGGCCAUGGCAGACGGCGGCGGCACGGGCAGCUCGGGCCCCUGGUGGAAGUCGCUAACCCACAGCAGGAAGAAGAGCAAGGAAGCCACCGCGGGGGCGCAGCCUCCGGCCCAGCCCGCCCCCGGCGAGCCCGCGCCGCCUGGCAGCUCCCGGGAGAACCAGCACCCCAGUCUCCUCGGGGACGCCGCAGAACCCCACAAGCCAGACAAGCCGUGCGCGGAGAAGUCGGGCAACAGCCGCCGCAAUUUGAAGAUCUCACGCUCAGGCCGCUUUAAGGAGAAGAGGAAAGUGCGCGCCACGCUGCUCCCGGAGGGGGUCGGGUCUCCGGAGGAGGCGGACUUCCCUGGGGACCCCCACGAGGACAAGCAGUAGCCCGAGCGCCGCAGGACUGUCUCUCUGCCCACCUCAGUCCCCAACCCCGAGUUCCAAACCCGAGAAUUCCGACCCGCCCGUGUACUUGGUGUCUCAUCCCGCCAAGUUCGGAGUAUUCGCACAGUGCCUCCACGGUUUUAUUUUUCAACUGAGUUUCCAAUAUUUCAUGACUCAAGGAUGCAUUAAAUAUUUAUUUGUGGUAGGAGAAGAUACCUGCCACUGAGGAGGUUGGCACAAUUAUUUUCUUCAAAAAGCUAUGCUGGGGCCUCGCCCCUGGCUCAUGUCACCUGUGUGAGUGAGAAAGGGCCCUUGUCUCAAAGGUGUAGCUCAUCUUGAUCUCCUCUGCCCUAUCAGAGGAGGGAGGCAAAUCCCAGUGCUGUUUUCAAUGCCUGGGAAAUGAAGUCUAGGGGUACUUCCGUAGACUUACACCUUAAGUGAGGGCUGGGGAGAGAAGAGGCCUUCUCAAGUAAAAGGAUUUUAAAGCAAGGCAGUUUUGCUUUUGAUGUGGAACCACAGAACUGUGGCGCCUGUUUUCGUGUGGACGAUUAAACUUGCACUGUAAGACUUAAGGUGACUUCUGUAUUUUUUCCGUUCCAAGACUGAACCCCAUCAUCCUUACAAGCGAGCAUGCAAAGUCCGAGGUGACAGAGUUAAUCAUUUGUCACACGGCAUAACGGCUACCGUUGGAAAGCUUCAGGGAAGAGGACAUUUCUAGAAACCAGCAACAAUUGGACUGGAACCAGUUAGCCACAUAUUCCUAUUUACUAACCAAAUUCAUGGGAGGAGGAGGUACCACUUCAUUAUUCCUAAACUCUCCUUUUAUUUCACUUCAGUGCAUUUUCACAGUGCUAGUAAUACAUCCUUUUCGGUAUCAUUGUUAACCUUACUGAGUACAAUUGUCUGAAAAUACUCAAACAAAUGGACUGAGCUCUUGGUUUGUGCAAAGCUGGCUUUUCUCCCACCCAUUUACUUCAAAAGCUUAUUUCUUUGGUCUGAAGUAUGCAUUUAUCUAGUUUCAAAGCCUUUAGAUCUACCAACCUGAAGAUUCUUAACAAAAAUCUACCUGUUUGCUUUUAUUAUGAACUUCAAGAAAAAGGGUAAAUGAAUACCACUUGCUUUCAACAAAUUACAAGAGAGUUAUUGUAGUCAUUAAGAGGCACUGGGAUCUUUUCCCACCACAAUUCAGUUCAUUUUUAAACAUCCAGAAAUGCAUAGCAGGGAAAUUAUGUUGAUCAAAGUGUAUACCUUUUUAGAUAGCAACAAGCAAGAACUUGAUUAGAGGCUGUUUUUGUUUCUUUUGAAUUAGUAAUUUAUAAAAUAGUAAAUCAUGUCAAUUGUUUAAAGAAAUUUGAAGAAGAGGGCUAAAAUGAAUUUAAAUUAGUGAAUCAAGCUUGGGUACCGGCAAAAUGAUAGAGCCAACCAUUUGAUACGUGUAACCACAUACCAAAGACUUCACUCUAAAGGAAAUUGUUUACAUGAGGAUUAUGAACACUUUACAUUAAAAGAGAGAGUUUUUUGGUGUUUUGUUUUUUUAAGACUUUGUUGUUGUGUAUUUAGAACUGGAAAGUAUGUGACCAAAGUUUCAUCAGAGUGGGCUUCCUCGAUGAGGAAGACUUUACAUUAAUUUUAAAUGGGCCUACCAUCUCUAGAUUCAAAUGAAUAAGUGGGAGCUGAGAACUUGGAGUCAAGAAGUUUAUAUUAAGAAAGGGGAUUUGGGGCUGGCAGAGCAGUAGGAGUAAAUACAGCAGAUAUUGUCAAACAAGGCUUUGGAAACCCUUCAUAAGAUAAUCAAAAUUAGAGUAGGUAACUAUCGAAAUUGUUCUCUCCCUCACUCAGGAAGACGAAUAGACUAGCACUGUACCCAUUUAUAAAAUUGUCUGCAAUUGUGUAAUUUUAAAAUCUUAUACUAACUCUUUCAUCUAGUUUUAUUAAAGAACUUUUUUUCUUAAA